ACCUCAUUUUCAGAACAGUGUAUGUGUGGCAUAAACCCUAGCCGUUUCCUCUCUUCCUUUCAUUAAACCCUUACUUUAUUUUUCUUUCUUUUCUCUCAAUAUUCAGGUCUUAAUCUUGAACUAUUAAGAUGGCUUUCUACAACAGAAUCGGAAACCUUAUGAAGCAAUCCAUUUCCCAGACCGCUGUAUCCAAUGGGAACAUUACUGGACCAUCUAUGUACAAUGCUAUUCGCUGCAUGUCUUCAAAACUAUUUGUUGGUGGUCUUUCUUAUCAGACUGAUGAUCACUCUCUAAAGGAAGCAUUUUCUGGCUUCGGAGAUGUUGUUGAAGCAAGAGUAAUCACCGACAGAGAGUCUGGAAGGUCAAGGGGGUUUGGGUUUGUGAGCUAUUCUAGCGAGGACUGUGCAAAUGAGGCUAUGAAAGCUAUGGAUGGCCAGGAUCUGAAUGGGAGGUCUGUUCGUGUUAGUUUAGCCACAGAGCGUGCACCACGUACUGGUGGGUUUGGUGGGGGUGGUGGCGGUGGUUUCAAUCGUAGUUUUGGUGAUAAUGAUCGUGGAAACGACCGAUACUAAGCUAUGCUGCUGGUUAUAAGAUAAUCUUAUUGUUCAUAUGCCCAGGCUUAUGACAUUUUACUAGGAUUUAUGGAUUACUGUUCUAAAUCUUUUUCAUGUUUAUGGUACCUAUGAACUUGCUUUUACAUAAUGCAUUUCUUCUAUUGAUUGUC